AUGGAAAUGGACCAUGUGGGUUGCCCUUUGGAUUGGCAUGUGGGCUUCAGUAUGGGUACUCCAUGCAAGCCAUGCAAAAAGAAGAAGAUAUUUUUGGUGAAUUGGAGUAUUGGGCAACUACCGAAUUGGAACUUUUUCAAAGUGAAUGAAUCUGGACAGUUGUUAUUCAUAUUGUUGAAUGGGACUUCGCAGUGA